AUGAAAUGCAAUUUAAUAUGCCAAGCACAAAUUAAUUUAAUUUUGGCCAAAAAAAUCAUCAAAAACUUUUGUAAGUCAAGAAGUCUCAAGGCAUUAGAAAAAAGCUAUCUUAAUAAAAUCUGUCUUAACUCUCUAUUACAGGUAACUAGCUACAUUAUUGAUCUACUUACAGAAGAUAUAAAAGAAACUCUUUAUAAUAUAGUUUUGUCAUCAAGAACAUCAAACUUUAUAAGCCUAGCAGCAAGUAAUGCUAUCACAAUUCUCAAUAAAGCUCGAUUCUCAUUCGCAAAUAAAGACUUAAGCAGGAUAAAAAUUCCUUAUGCUGACUUAUCAUAUGGAUUUAUAACUGGCACAAAUUUUAGCUCAAGCAAUCUUCAUAGAGUUAAGCUAUUAAAGUCACAGAUCUAUGACACUAACUUUAAAAACUGUGAUAUGGCUAAAGCAGAUUUUGGAGAAAAGCUUUUAAUUGCUGGAUUAAAAGCUAAUGUCAAAAUUUUAGCUAUUUCACCUUGUGGGAAUUUUCUUGCAAUUUCAUUUGAUUGUGAAACAAUAAUUUUAUAUAAUGCAAAAACCUACUGAGAAAUAGGCCCAUUUAUUGGAGAAAUUUCACCAAUCGAGUCUUUAUCAUUUUCGUGUAAUGGGAGUUAUUUAUUAUCAAUAAAUCGCAGCAGAAUGAUUGUAGAUUUAUGGGAUACCUGUUCAAAACUUCAAAUUUCCCAUUUUGCAAAUUCAUGCAGCUUUUCUAGUUUCUCGCCUUGUAAUAGAUACCUAAGCAUGGUUUGGGCAUCCUCUGAUAGUAGAGAAGCAAUUAUAAAAAUUUAUAGCAUAAAUUCAAAACAGGUUUUAAAUAAAAUUAAGGGAUUUAGCUUAUCGGUUUUAGCAUUUUAUUCAGUCACAGGAAACAAUUUGCUAGUUUUAGAGAAAAAUUCCCUUGCUCCCCUCAGUAAAAGCGAGUUCUUGUUUAUUCGUGGGGGGUUUUAAUACAAAAUCUCCAGAUGGAAAUUUUGUAGUGAUCCCCCACAAAUAAGCAAGUAUUUGCUUUACUGGGGGUAGUUAGCAAAUGGGAUUUAUCUGCAAACAAAAACACAAGCCAAAUUGCUUGCCCAUAUUCUGAUCCAGUUACUAUAUCUUCUGAUCAUGAAUAUAUAGCUUGCAUUCAUACUGAGGACAAGAUCUCUAUCUAUAACACUGAAAUAAUGGAAGCUAUUUGAACUUUUUCACGGAAAUGUUCUCAUUCAGUAUUUUCUCCAAGCGGAAGAUAUUUAGCUAUAGAAGUUCAAGAUUAUGGAAUAGAAAUUCUUGAUUUGUCUAUAAAAGAAACAAAAUACGCAAUUUUGAAAAACAAAAACAAACUCCCUGUUUUUUCUCCACACGGAAAAUACAUAAUUUUAGGAACAAAUGAUAAAAAAUUAAAAUCAUUUAAAACUACGAGAAAUCCUGAGUUUAAAAAGAAACCUAUUACUCAGAAAGGAAUAAGCAUGAUUUCUUUUUCUCAAGAUAGCCAAUAUUUUGCUGUUGGAACUAAUGUAAGCCGCAAGUUGAGGUGGUAAGGUUUAGAUCGGGGCGAUCCAAAUCAGGCAUUAGGCUAUAAUGAAGGAUUGAUUUGAAAUAAAUAAUAAACCAGUGACGAGUGAUCUGUCUUCCCAAUUGUAGGUGACUUAUGUAUAGCCGAACCAUUUUUUUGUGCAAAAAGCUAUCAAAGGAUAGGGCUGCCUCGAGAUGAGAGAAACACCAUUUCUGCUGAUUAUUUGCCCGAUUCAAGUAGCAAUUUUUACCAGAAGGUCACAGGCCAAGAUGAAUGCUGAAAGAAGUAGAGCGACUUAACUGCCUAAGCUGCUUGAUGGUUUUGGCCCUAGUCGCAUUAGCCACUGAGUCCAUUCUUUGAGGAUGGCUAGGCGAAAGAUAAAAAUCAAGGCUCAAAAGAGAGUAGGCUAAUGCAUAUGAACCUCCAGUCGAAAGGUAAAUUUUUUGGGACGAUCUUCUCAGGCCUCAAGUUUAGGUAUACUGGCGCUAGAGUUAAGAAUGGAAGUAUCGAUAAGACCUUAUUAGGGGAAUGCAAGGAAAUUCCUCUGCUGGUUCAAGUUGCUUUGAGAGAGCCCACCACACUGUUAAGCGCAGAGCGCAUAAUGCCCUUGGAAGAAGAAACUUUAAAUCGAAGUGCGUUCAAGGAUUUAUUAUUAUAUUUUCAACAGAAAAUCAAAAUAUAAUCAAGGAAUUUGAGGCUCAUUAUUCAGGAGUUUCAUGCAUUUGCUGAUCAGGCAACUUUUUAGCCGUAACAGGCAACGAUCCAUGGAUUAAAAUUUGAAAUAUUUACGAUAAUUUUUUCUUAAAGAUCAUAGAAACAGAUUAUACUUCGCAAUCUAUUGAAUUUUCUCCUGAUGGCAAAAAAAUCAUUACCUGGGGUCAAUGAGGUUUUGUGAUAAUAAGAGAAAUUGAUACAAAUAAAAUAAUUGCCCAAUGAAGUGUUAGUUACAAUUCUGUUUCUAUAUGCCAUUGAUCGCCCUGUGGCAAUUAUAUAUUAGCAUGCUUUUCUGAUUCAUCUAUAAAAAUUUGGAGAAUAGAUAAUCAAGAGCUGUUGACUGAACCUAUUAAACAUUAUCAAUAUUAUCAUUCAAUAAGUAUUUCACAUUGUUGAAACUUUUUAACUACUUUUCACUGGGACACAAAUUUAAAGAUUUGAUACUUAGGAGGCAUGAAGCAAAAUCAGGUGAAGUUGCUUACUCCCCCCCCAUCCUUGAUCGAACGACUCGCCAUCGUUCGAUCAAGGUUGGGGGUUAAAAAAAAAUUUUCGGGAAAAAAAAAUUAUAUAUAUAAAAAAAAAAAAAUAUAUAGAUAUUUUUUUUUAUUACUUUUAAAUAAGAGGGUUAAGAGUAUUUAAUAUUUAUUUUUACAGCAAAAAAUUAAUUUAUUUCAUAAAAUACCAAUUUUUAAUAUUUUGAUUUAUUAGCUACCCCUUUAAACUGUAUAAAUUUUUUAAUUUGCUCCUUAUUGAAUUAAUUUUUUUUUAAAAAAAUUUUAAAGAAUCUGUAUUUUAUUAGAUUAUUGAGUUUUUGAGCAUAUGUUAAUGACUAAAUCACUUCGAAUGGUUGAUUCCGCAGCUUUCUGUCGUCUCAAAGCCUCUGAAAACAACUUCAUUAUGCACAUCUUCCCAAGCUUUUGAUAAAUAAUAUAUUUUUAUAUAUAUAAAAAAUUUGCAUGAUAUGAAAAUCGUUCGAUCAAGGAUGGGGGUUAAUUUCCCCAAUUUUUAGGAAUUUUUACAGUCAAUCGUUCGAUCAAGGAUGGGGGGGGAGUUAAAGAAUUUGACCCUGAAGAUUGAAUUGGAAUUAUAGAAUGGGCACCUUCAGGAAAAAGAAUCGUUUGAGGUGAAGGAAAUGGAAAAAUAGUAGUAUGGAAUUUUCAAAAACAAAAAUUGGUUCGAAGUAUAGCUGCUCAUAAGGGAUCUGUUAACAUUCUUGUUUUCUCUGCAAAUGAGCGUUUUCUUAUAUCUGAGAGUCAAAAUAUAAUCAAAUUAUGGAAUUCUGAUAUGUUUAGGAUAACUGAAUAA